CCAGCAUCAGCCACACACCGCUCUAUUCGCUUCUUGGCCCUGGCCACGGUCAAACUACCAUUGCGCCACCACCGCCACCGACGCACCGCACACACGCACACCCACGCGCUACCACCGCAGCCGCAAGUUUACGGUACACGAAAUACAUAUCGCUGCCACUUUUUCAACUAGUGUUCUAUUCUGUACCGGAGUUGGUGCCGUCGCAAUAUGAUUUGACGUAUUCAGAUAAUGGGAACAGGAGAUCGAUUAUUGGAUAUCCCGUGCAAAGUUUGUGGGGAUAGAAGUUCUGGCAAACAUUACGGCAUUUACAGUUGUGACGGUUGUUCCGGGUUUUUCAAAAGAAGCAUCCACCGGAACCGGGUGUACACGUGCAAGGCACAAGGCGAACUCAAAGGCAGGUGCCCCAUUGACAAGACCCACAGAAACCAGUGUAGGGCUUGCCGGCUCAACAAGUGUUUUCAGUCGGCGAUGAACAAGGACGCUGUGCAACACGAGCGAGGACCACGCAAACCAAAGUUGCACCAUCACCACCACCAUCACCAUCAUCACCCGAUGAAGGACUCACCGCAGCCCACCGUCAACCACCAGCGGCCACCUGGCCAAAUCCCGCUGAGCGCCGACCACAACAACAUGAUCCAAAAGACGUCUUACCCAAAGACGCCGAUGGACACGGCCCUGCCACCCAUGCCUCCUGCGCCGCCGUCGCAGCAACACCACCACCAUCUUCAGCAACAGCAACAGCAGCAACAACAGCCGCCGCCGCUUCCACAGCAGCAGCAGCAGCAGCAGCAGCCACCACCGCCGCCCACGCUUUUGCCUCCAACGCCGCCGCAGGGACACGUUUUCUUGGGGCAACAACAGCCGCCCCCGCCGCCCGGGCUCUUGCAGAUACUCAUGUCGGCCGAAAAAUGUCAGGAAUUGAUAUGGAGUGCAAAGAUGUCAGAAGCCUCGUCACCUAUUGGCAUACCACAACCGACCAGUCCUCAGAGUUCACUAUCGUUGUCGUUGUCACCGACUUGGGAAGUCUUACAGGAGACCACAGCUCGAUUACUCUUCAUGGCUGUUAGAUGGGUCCGAUGCUUGGCUCCGUUUCAGACCCUUUCCAAACACGACCAGUUGCUACUGCUACAAGAAUCGUGGAAAGAAUUGUUCCUGUUACACUUGGCCCAGUGGUCCAUUCCUUGGGACCUAUCGCCACUGCUAAAUUCAGAAAAGGCUCGCGAAAGACUACCAGCGGACGACACAAAGGUCAACAACGAAAUGAAAAUUAUACAAGAGAUAUUGGCACGCUUUCGGCAACUGUCGCCGGAUGGCAGCGAGUGCGGUUGCAUGAAAGCAGUUAUUCUAUUCACCCCAGAAACACCGGGCUUGAUAGACGCUCAACCAGUGGAAAUGCUCCAAGACCAGGCCCAGUGCAUAUUAGGUGAUUACGUGCGGGGCCGGUAUUCAAGACAGCCCACAAGGUUCGGGCGGCUGUUGCUUAUGUUGCCCAAUCUGCGGGCAGUCCGGCAAGCCACCAUCGAGAGGCUGUUCUUCAAGGAAACCAUCGGUGACAUACCCAUACAAAGACUGCUCGGUGACAUGUAUCACAUGGAAAAGUCGUACGCGUAGUUAACCAAACAUAAUAUAAAUCUUUAUAUUGUGUGUUAAAGUUCCAUACAACGAACUUCCAUUUCACAAAAUGUUCUGUGUAACAAAAUAUUUUUGGGAACCAAAACAAAUUAAUUUAAUUCUAAUUACCGAAAUUUUCUAUAAAUAAUUCAAUUUUUCUGUUGCCCAUGACACUUUGUAAUAUAUAGAAGUUUCACUGUAUUACACUAUUACAUAGUGCAUUAGUGUGAUGUGACUACUGUACUAGUCAAGUCUAAAUAGAUAUGUCAUUAUAUAUUAGCAUAUAGUGUUAUAAAUACAAUACAGUCCUACUAGUCUAUAUACAAGAUCCAUGCUUGUAUAAAUAUAUAAUUCACUUUAUAGGCGUAAGCGUACUUUAUGCAAUUGUACUAAUUAUAUACUAAAUUCUUAGACAUUUAAAUGUAUUGGACAUCUAUUAGUGUUACACUUUAUGUGGCUGUGCGCCUAUUCUAGUAAUAUAGAAUGAUAUGUGAUAUGUCCAAGUGUCCAACUCACAAAUAGUGUGUUGUUAUGAAAAAUUUCGAAUUUUAUUUCUCUGGAUUUCUGAAAUCCUUCAAUUUAACGAUGAAAACCACUCAAUAAUUUAAAUAUGUUUGUAAUUCUUUAAAUAUGUAUGUUUAUAGUUUGCAUACCUACCUACCUAUAUUGAAAUUGGAUACUGGUACGUACCGGAAUACCAGUAUGAUUUUACCGAAGCAUUCUAGAAUAUACCUACCGUCAAAUAUAACAUAUAUUGUAAUAUACCAAUUAUGCCAGAAUUGAUAAUACCAUCAUAUUACGUAUGUAUCAAAUACUGAAAUAUAGUAAAAUACGAUUACUUACCAAUUAUAUCACUUUAAAAUAAUUAGAUAUAGAAGAUUAAUGAAAAUUUAAAUAUACCACAUAGUUAGGUUAUAACCAAACCUUUGGUAUUGACCGACAUUCUAGUUUAUAUCGUUCAAACUUCAAGAGGUUUUUGAGAAAUAACUGGAAAAAUAGUUAACCUUAUGUCCUUGUGUACAAACCAAAAGUAUACACACGCAUUUCAAAACCUACUUACUAUACAUGAUAUAUAUUAAAUAUUUACUAGUUAACCACUUUUAUAAUCGGUACAGCUCUUCUGACCACCAACUCUGCAGUUAUAUAUAAUAUAUAAUGCAACUUUUUUUAUCAUAUAACUAAAAUGUAAAUAUCUAGAACACUGGGUAUGAUUUACUUACUGCAGUCUUACUCUCGAUUUUGUCAAAGAUACAAAAAUAGAAUGAAUAAUUAGGAGUCUUUUGAGACUAUACAUUUACUGCAGCAUGUAGGUACAACAUGGAAAUAACAAUGGUAGAUCAAACACGUGAAGACGUUAUACAUGUAUAACGUUAAAAAUUUUAAAUUUACAUAUUAUCUAUAAUAUUAUAAAUUAAUAACUGAAAGUUCACAACUAAAGUUCAAAAUUAAAGAUCUUAACCUAGAGUUAUCUGCAGAUUAGAUAAAAUGUUUUUUUUUUGUCAAACGGUUUGACCGAAAAUGUUUUAAAUUUUCAGGCAAACGAUAAGAAAUUAAAUUGCCCGUACAUCUCUUAUAAAAACCAUCAUUUUUCGAGGACAUUGUAAAAGCAUUUGUAUUAAUGCGCCGUGACAUUAUUUGAUUACGAAAAUAACAACUUAUGUUAUGAUUUUUAAAGUAAAAUUACACAUUUUCAAGAGCUAUCACAGUUGUUAGUUACACACAAAUAGGACUUUAGGUGGACAUUUUUCAAGAUUUUCAUUUAAUUUCAUAGUGCCAAUAAAGAUAUCUAAACAUUGUAAGUUUAGAGAAUUGGGUGUAUUUGGCCAUUUAGUAUUCGUGAUUAUUUGCAAUAUUUCAGUAUUUGUCCACAAUACAUCUCGUCAUCAGAAUUGUCUGUUAUUUAAAUUAUGACCAUGUACUUAUGUUAUUUAUUAUGUAUAUAUAUAUAUAACUUUUUAAUUUUAUCGAAAUCAGCUAAAAAUUUUGAAAUAAUAUGUGGCAUACCUAUUAUUUAAUAUUUAUAUAAUACAGUCAAUAGCGAUAUAGCCGUGAGAGCUUCUCUAGUCAUGAUUUAUUUUGUUACCAAAUCGUUUAUAUUAUAUUACAUUUAUUAUCAUUAUUAUUUAUUAUAUACAGUUAUUACUUUGAUAUUUGAUAUGUAUUUAUCUGUUUAAAAAUACUUUAUAUUUUCGUGUAUAUAGGUACUACUCGCUCCGUGUGUCUUAAACAAAUAAGAGUACCUUUUAAUUAUACUAUUAAAAUAUUGAACUUUAUACAAUCAUCUUUGUAGCUGUAUGAUCUUAUUUACAAAUAUAAUUGUUUGCCCAAAUGUUUGCAUACUUGUAACUUGUAAGUUAUAAGUUAAUAAUUCCUAUACAUUUUAAACUAUCGUCUAUCAAUUAUACUUGUAAUUUAAUAAAUUUAAAAAAGAGUCCUUUAGUUAUGUCCUGCAAUGUCUAAUGCGUUUUGAGAACACCUAUACCUACCUAAUAAUAAUUAUAAAUUAUAGAAAAUUAACGAUAUAUUAUUAUAACCAUUUACAAAUUAUAUUUAAACACGUCGUUGUUAAAAAGUUAAUCCUUAGUUAAAAGUAAUUUAUGUCAUCACUCCUCAUUAUUAUAUCACUCUCAUAUCCCUCACUCUCAUAUUUAUAUUGAAUUGUCAUCAUUACCAAAUUUGUGAUUUAUAAUUAAUAAUUA